CCUGUCCUUAGCGUUCAGCUCCACACAUCAUUGCUCCUCUCUCUCAGCGGCAAUCAGUCUCAACACUUCUUGCACACGAGUAAGCGAGGGACGACAUGCCUGCCGGGAAGACGAUGGAGCAGAACACGGCGACGGAACCCAUCAGGUGCAAAGCGGCGGUUUGCAAGGUGGCCGGACAGCCGCUGGAGAUGGAGGAGGUGGAGGUGGCGCCGCCGCGGGCGCACGAGGUCCGCAUCAGGAUCCUCUGCACCUCGCUCUGCCACACGGACGUCACCUUCUGGCGCAUGAAGGGUUUCCCGCCCCGGCAUCCGUCAAUCCUGGGGCACGAAGCAGCCGGUGUGGUGGAGAGCGUGGGGGAUCACGUGCACGAGGUGGCCGUCGGGGACACGGUGGUGCCGGUGUUCUUGGCGCAGUGCGGCGACUGUCCGGACUGCCUCUCCGACCGCAGCAACAUCUGCUCCGGGCUCCCCGCCCGGCCGGGCAUGCCGCGCGACGGCACGACCCGCUUCUCGUUCGCCGCCACCGGCGAGCCCAUCCACAACUUCAUCGGCGUGUCGAGCUUCACCGAGUACACGGUCGUCGACGUCGCGCACGUCGUCAGGCUUGAGCCUGGCGUCCCGCCGGAGAAGGCCUGCCUGCUCAGCUGCGGCGUGUCCACCGGAAUCGGCGCGGCGUGGAAGGUGGCGGCGGUGGAGCGCGGGUCCAGCGUCGCGGUGUUCGGGCUAGGCGCCGUCGGGUUGGCGGUAGCACAAGGGUGCAGGAUGCGUGGGGCUAAGCGGAUCAUUGGGGUGGAUAUGAACCCGGAAAAGCGCGACAUCGGCAAGAGGCUGGGAAUCACCGACUUCAUCAAUCCGGACGAUAUCGGGGAGAGGACCGUGAGCGAGGUCGUCAAGGAGAUGACCGGCGGUGGCGCCGACUACUGCUUCGAGUGCAUCGGCUCGACGUCGGUCAUGGCGGAAGCGUUCCAAAGCUCCCGAAUGGGCUGGGGGAAGACGGUCGUGCUCGGCGUCUCCAAUGGCGUUGCGCCGAUCAGCAUACCCUCGCAGGACAUCCUCAGGGGGAGAUCGGUCGUCGGCUCGCUCUUCGGCGGGCUCAAGCCCAAGGCCGACAUCCCGAUCCUGGCGCAGAAGUACCUGGACAAGGAGCUGGAGUUGGACGAGUUCGUGACGCACGAGAUGGGGUUCCACGACAUUAACGCGGCGUUCGAGCUGCUCACCCAGGGGAAGUGCCUCAGGUGCAUCAUCUGGAUGGACGGGGCCAAGGAGAACGGCAGUGUCGGCGUGGAGAAUGGGCGCGCGUGCAAGGCCAAGGCAUGACUGACAUCGCUGUCCUCCCGUGACUAGCCACGAUGGUCGCUGCUCGUCUCGGGGCGACCUAUCUUUGUCGUGGGCUUUCGCUGUAAUGUCGUUGUUCAUUUGGACGCCAGAUGGGAUAAUUUAUUCUGUAGAGAGAAAUGCAUUUUUUUUUCAGAUUACUACUCUAUAAAGAGUUCACACGAAGUACAAAACAUGUUGAACAUAAUAAAAAUUAUAUCGAGAUU